UGGGCCUCCCCGGGCCAAGGGCUCGCCGCGCCGCUGCUGCCGCUGCUGCUGCUGGCGCUGCUGCUCCUCGACUGUCGAGCCGCCGACCCCGUUUUCCAGCCGGACUGGGGCUUUGCCUCCUACGAGAUCACCAUCCCCAAGAGGCUGAGCCUGCAGGCGGGGCCCAGGGGCCACACCAAGCAAGUGUCCUACCUGCUGCACAUCCAAGGCAAGAGGCACGUCCUGCGCCUGCGGCCCAAGAGGCUUCUGCUGCCCCGCAACCUGCAGGUUUUCUCCUUCACGCCCCAGGGCAAGCUCGUGGAGGACCACCCGUUCAUCCCCAGAGACUGCAGCUACGCGGGCACCGUGGAAGGGGCUCGGGACUCGGACGCCACUGUCACGACGUGCAUGGGGGGCCUGCGAGGGGUGCUGGCCAUCGACGCCAGACGCUACCAGAUCGAGCCCCGCAAGGGCUCCUCCACUUUUGAGCAUGUGCUGUAUCUCCUGAAGAGCGAGGCGCUGCCUCCGGGUCAGACCUGCGCGAUGACUGAUGAUGGUCUGGGGAGUCCCGCAACCCCUAAGGACAGUCAGGCCAGGGUGGGGGACAUGCUGGAAACUUACCCACACCCCAAGUACUUAGAGUUGGUCCUGGCCUUUGAUCACGAUAGAUACGUGUAUUCCCAGUCUAAUCUCACCCAAGUCGUGAGUGAUGGCAUAUUUUUGGCAGGGAUUGUGGACACUUACUUUCAAUAUUUCCAGCUGCGGAUAAGCAUAAGAGCUCUUGAAGUGUGGACAGAUGAAGACAAAAUAAAUUUUAGUUUGGUCGGACUUGGGACUUUAAAGGAAGUGAUAAAAUACAGAGUAGACCAUUUCAAUCCCCGUGUUAGCAGUGACUGGAUACAUGUAUACCAUAAAAAAACUAAUGUACCUGUAAAGGUUCCAGGGAGAAUGUGCAAUCCGAGUUAUCCUGGCACUCUUACUGCAUUUCACGAUAAAAAUUACCUGGUUGCUGCAGUUUGGACGGCUCAUGUAUUAGGUCACGCUCUAGGGAUUUCACAUGAUACUGACAACUGCCUGUGCAAGGGUAAGGACUCCUGCAUCAUGAAACUUGGACCCACUGGCUUUAGUAAUUGUAGUUAUGGCGAGUAUUGGGCCUUCACAAUUAAAGGUGGAGCUUGCCUAGCUAAUAAGCCGGAACCAGUUUCCGUGCUUAAGAGAUGUGGAAACAAAUUUGUGGAAGAGGGUGAGGAAUGUGAUUGUGGUUCACGUGAAGAGUGUGAAAAGGACCGGUGUUGCCAACCAAACUGUAAACUCAGACGGGGGGCCCACUGUGCCACCGGUCUCUGCUGUCACAACUGUCGCUUUCGUCCAUCUGGGUACACGUGCAGGAAGGAAGAAAACGAAUGUGACCUUGCAGAAUACUGCAUGGGAAAUUCAAGUGUGUGCCCGGAUGACUUUUAUAAGCAGGAUGGAACUCCUUGCAAGUAUGAAGCCAUUUGCUUCGGAAAGAUGUGCAGGUCCAGAUUCAUGCAAUGCCAGAGCAUUUUUGGACCUGAUGCCAGGGAGGCUCCUUAUCAGUGCUACGAGGCGGUCAACACAAUAGGUGACCAGUAUGGGAACUGUGCUAUUAAAGGGACCAACCGGUAUGCAAAAUGCUCAAGGACAAGUUCAUUGUGUGGCAGGAUACAGUGUGUGAAUAUCAAAAAACUCCCUGACUUACCAGAUCACUCCAUGAUAAUUGCUACUCAUCUGCAGAAGGAAAAUCUCAGGUGCUGGGGCAUAGGUUAUCACUUAUCCAUGGUACCCAUGGGGUUUAUUGAUGUGGGUAUCAUAGGAGAUGGCACCUCCUGUGGUAAAGGCCAGAUAUGUUUUAACAGAACUUGCAUGAAUACCAAUACAAUCUUGACGUAUGACUGUGCUGUUAACAAGUGCAACCGCCGAGGGUUUUGCAACAAUCUGAGAAACUGUCACUGCAUGCACGGCUGGCGCCCUCCAUUCUGUGAGGAGGCAGGGCCUGGGGGGAGCAAGGACAGCGGGCCGCCGGGGCCACAGGAGAGGGAGUCCACGUCCUCAGUGCACAUUGUGUCCGUUAUCAUAAUACGCCUCAUUUUAUUAGUCAUCUCAGGCAUUCUAGUGUAUUUAUGGGGGGUAUUUUUCCAAAAGGAAAAACACCCACCAAAAAUGGAAGAAUAUAAAGAACCUAGGUAGAGAAUUCCAGAAACCAAAAAAGUAUCAGACAGUCCAGCCACUCACUCACAAGCCAUCAUUUGUAGAACAAACUUGUCAUUUACACAGAUCUAUUUUACAUCCAGUUACCUACCCGACUUUCCUUCCAUAUUGGAUCAGCAAAUAAAUGACAUUGUUGUUUUGGGAAGAACUUUACUUUCCCAGUGUCACUUGCCUUUUGUGAAUGAAGAACCUUUAAAAGACCAUCCUAGUGGCUUUCUCAGCACUGAAGCUCUGAAUGUUGCAAGACUCACGCACUCCCAGUGGUUUUCUGAGCAGUGGCCUGACUCUGAGGGUCCCAGCCCAUAAGGCUCCCGGCUGCCCCUCCUGCCACCUCCUCAGGGCCGGGGACUGAGUGUCCCUGAGCCCGGCCAGCCCACCAGUGGGGACACCAUUUCCUCAGUGAAAGGGAUGAGCCAUAGGCGUUGGCUCAGAUGAGUCUGUGCCCCUCCUGCAGGUGGGGUGAGCCCCCAGCUCUGCAGUGUGUGUCUCUGGCUCAGGGCUGGGGGUGGGGUGAGGACAACUUGACUCCAUCCUGAACUGCACUGCCGGGAGGGCAGUGACCGCUGACAGGCCUGAGGUGUCCAGCGGGCAGGGCCUCAAAACCUCCUGUGCUUUCGGGGCCUCUGCACGGAGCUCACGGAGCCAGUGGGGAUGUGGGUGCGUCCCGGGUGUGGAUGAACCGAGUCCUGAAAGCUCUGGGUGAGCUCAGUGUAGCUCUUGUCCUGGUUCCUGAAGGAGAAAGUAGGCACAGCAAGGUUCAGUGAGGUGCUCAAGAUCAAUCUGGGUAGUCCUGACAUUGUGCAAGGAAACACUAUGUAAGCAGAGGGAAAUUGAGAUGGGAGAUGUCGACUAAAAGUUCUAAGAAUAAUUGCACCCCAGUGAAUGUACUGUAGUAAUUGUCCUCGUCACAGAACUGACAUCAAAUGUACUGACUUCAGCUGUUCUGUUGAGGAAUAAUUGACAUGUUAAUCUAAUACCGAAUGGACGUGUAUGAUGUUCUCACUUCUUAUACACAUGUCCUGUGGGUUGACCACCAGAAUGAAGAUAUGUAACCAUCACCUCAAUGUUGAAUCAUUGUCAAGGAAUAAUGAUGUUGAAAUUCAACUCACAACAACUUUUACAUACGCAGUGUGGUG